UUUAUUUAUUUGUUAUUUACGUGCGGACAUAAAUCCUGCCUAAAACAUGGUUAGGCCUUCAAUAUUAUUUUUUUCCUAUUAUUUAAAGUCAGUUCUGGACAAGGGGGGACUUUCCGUUAGGCAAAGGUGCAAAAUACUUAAAAACAAUAUCUAAAAUAAUUAUUAGAUAUUGUUAGAUAUUAUUAGAUAAUUAUUAGGCACCUUAACUCUCUCAUAAAGAACAAAAAUCACUAAAAUGGCAUAAGACUCCUCACGUGAAAGAAUUCAUCCUCCCCCAUCCCUCUGUAGCAAUGGAAUAUUCCAUCAGCCGGAAGUUAGCAAGCAGACAAAAACUAUUAGAAGAGAUUCAAAUGAAUAAACAAAAAUGAGUAAGAUUAAGGCACGCGGCUGUGAAAAAAAUUCACAUAAAAUUUUAACAUUAAAUAAUAUGAAAUGAAUGAAUAAGUUAAACAAAAACAAAAUUUGUGUGCAAAAAGGAAAAAGAAGAAGCUAAUAUAACUCAAUGAGAAGAUAAAGAAAGCCAAGAAUGAGAAAAAAAAUUGAGAAUAUUCCUUUUUUAUUAUUAUUUUUUUAAUGACAGCACUCCAUUAUUCAAGUAAUUAUUCAACCGCUUCAAAAGACUCCAUCUUAUUAUUUACAUGGGGCCCCCAAACUGCUAAGUCCGCCCCUGGUUCUGGAAACCAAAAUUGUUUUCAUAUUUUCGAGGAGUACUUGAACGCAUCCACAGAUUUCACGGUGCUGCUGAGAUUGCAACCAAGUCUGUAAAGCAGGUCACUUUUUCCCUCAUGACACAGGGCUGUAUAACUCUACUGUGACACUGCAAUUUACUACCAAAGAAAAUGAUUUUUAAACUGUGACUUUUUUCUUUUUUUAAUUUUGCACAAAUUUCUUUUGAAUUGUGUUUCCUUCAAGUUGUGGAGAUGCAGCAGCAGCAGGAGCUUCUGUUCAAAGUUCUGGUCAUCGGGGACUUAGGAGUUGGAAAAACGUCCAUCAUCAAGCGGUACGUCCAUCAGAUCUUCUCCCAGCACUACAGAGCCACCAUCGGGGUUGACUUUGUCCUGAAGGUGCUGCAGUGGGACAACGACAGGGUGGUCCGCCUGCAGCUGUGGGACAUAGCAGGACAGGAGCGGUAUGGGAACAUGACUCGUGUGUACUACCGGGAGGCUGUCGGAGCCCUGGUGGUGUUCGACGUGACCAGGGCCUCCACGUUCGAUGCCGUGCUGAAGUGGAAGGACGACCUGGAUUCUAAGGUGACUCUGAGCCACGGGAGACCCGUUCCAGCCGUACUCUUAGCCAACAAGUCCGACCAGAUGGCUUCCCAGGUGCCCAAGCUGGACUCCUUCUGCAGGGAGAACGGCUUUGUGGGCUGGUUUGAGACCUCUGCAAAGGACAACACAAACAUCGAGGAAGCAGCUCGCUGCCUGGUGGAGCACAUCCUGACCAACGAAGAGAGUCCAGCCGCGGAGCGAGAAGCCGGCUCCCUCAUCCUCUCUGGAUACACGAGCGCCACAAAGAAACAUUUCAGCUGCUCCUCCUGUGUGAAAUGACGACUCCUGUUAUAAGGAGAAGCUCUAAUAAACACACAGAUAACAGAAUAUAAUUAAAAAAAACUUUAGCUAUUAUAUGAAUUUGCCAAACAUACACACAUUAAAUGUAUUAAAUAGAUGAUUUCUACUUUAACUGGAUAAAUGUAAAAAAGAAACACAUGAAAAUAUUUUAAAUUGUGAUAGAAAACAUUUUAAAAAUAAGAUUAACUAAUGAGAUACAAGAACAAAACUAAAUCAAAUUCUAAUUUCCAAGAUUCUAUGAAGGCUGACAAUAAUAGAUGAUGAAAGUGAAGGUGAUAAAAAUAACAAAGCAAUACAUUUAAUGUAAUUUUGUUGAAAAAAUCCAGAAUAAAGCUUUUAAUCUUAAAAUUCUUUCCAAUAAUGCAUUUAAGAAGGAAUUACAUGCAUCACCAAAUUAAAUCUAUGUUUGUGUUCAGGACAAGGUUUGUAAGAUCUUUCUUAAAAUAUGACCACAAAUUAUAUAAAAAAAUAACAGUUUGUAACUCCAAACCAAAGCAACAGCAGGCGGAUCUGGGUCAACCUCCUACUUUUCAAAAUAAGAGGAAUCAGUUAUUAUCAGUAAACGGAGGGUGAAGUUUAUUUCUUAAAUUUGUUCCUAAUUGUUACUCACUUAAAAUAAAAUAUAGAUUUCUGUCAAUAAUAAGUGAGAACUCUUUACGUUUCUUUCAUUUUUAUCCAUCUCCAAGUACUACCAAAGCUUUUAUUUUCUAAAUAAAUUCCUUUUUGCAAAAUUUACCACCAUCAACAUUUUGAUAAGUUAUGGUGGGUCUGCAGGUUUCUUAACUAUAAUGACAAACAUGUGUGUGUGAGGAGUAAAAAAUUGUGCUCAAUGAAUUCAAAAAUGAAUUAUUAUUUCAUCUAAUUUUAGGAAAACUAUUAACACCCUGCAUUUUAGCCAUUACUUUGUAUUAUUUCCAUUUCUUCUACAAAUAAGCCACUGUCUUAUUAUGUAUAAGGGUGAUAAUAGUUGCCAUAGUUAUAAUAAUUUACCUCUGUUAUGUUACUUUCACCAAAAAAUAAUCAUCAGAGGCAGAUGUGCUCUAAACAAAUCUGCAAGUGUAUCAAAAAUUCCCAAAGUAGUAGUAACUUGUGGCUCUUUUUAAAUUACAAAGUGCCUUUUUUCCUGAAUGUGUUUUUUUCU